AUGGAGCUACUGGCUGGCGGCGGCCUCUUUGCUAGCCACGGGGAAACAGACGACGACGACAAGCCGAACUCCUUCCACGGGCCUGAGAUUGAGCCUCUGCUUGAAGAAAUUGGGGAUCUCCUGCGAAAGUCUAAAGUGUUCGCAACCCGUCUCAAGAAAGGGCGACCAAGCAAGUCUCUCGGAGGAGCUGGCUUGGAUCUUCGCCCCCCCUCUCGGGAGCUGGCAGACACCAUGGUCGAUCUCUACUGUACCUCUUUCGAGUCGGUGUAUCGGAUAAUUCACGUGCCUUCGUUUCGGUCCGAGUACCAGAGAUACUGGGACAACCCAGAGAGUGCCACAGCUAGUCAGUGUCUCAAGAUCCUCCUGGUAAUCAGCAUAGGGUCAAGCCUACAUGAUCAUGGGGAUGCCACCAUGGAUCUACGACAAAAGGUACAGCAAUGGGUUCAUGCUGCUCAGGCAUGGCUUUCCGGUCCACUGGAGAAAGAUCGCCUGGACAUCAGUGGGCUCCAGGUCUACUGCUUGGUGAUCCUUGCACGGCAGAUCUUCUCAAUUGGCGGCGACCUAGUUUGGGUAUCGAUGGGGUCGUUAAUUCAUAUGGCCAUGCAGAUAGGGCUUCAUCGCGAUCCCAAACACCUCCCAGCGAUGUCGUUAUUAAAGGCUGAACUCCGAAGGCGGUUAUGGGCUACUGUGCUCGAGAUGGCAAUGCAGUCGUCCCUAGACUCGGCGAUGACGCCCAUAAUCUCCUUAAACCAUUUUGAUACCGAAGCACCUUCAAACUACAACGACGAUGAGAUUGAUGAGUCGACUAUCGAGCUGGUGGCCCAUCCGAGAAGCAUCUACACUACUUCCUCAAUACAGCUUAUCCUCCUCGACUCGAUACCGACACGCCUUCGCAUUCUUCAGCUGCUCAGCAGCUUAAAAGCGGAACUAUCUUACCAAGACGUGCUCUUACUGAGUUCAGAACUGACUGAUUCAUAUUGCGCAUACAGGAAAUUUGGCCAAGAGAACAUCAACUCUGGCAUGACCCCAUUCCACAGGAAUCUGAUCGAUUAUUUCGUUCGCCGAUUUCUAAUCCCCCUACACUGUUUAUUUGCCAGCAAGGCGCAGGCAAACCCAUUGUUCUACUAUUCUCUCAAAGUUAACCUAGACGUUGCUAUGGCCAUCGUCUCCCCCGAACCAGAUGACGGCUUCUCACGAAUCAUGGCUACCGGAGGGGGCUGUUUCGCGAGGGAUUCUGUGCAGCAUCGAGAGGGGACGCUCCAUCGCAAAGCCCAGCACCGAGAGCUUCUCAAGCAAGUCGUGAGGGAUAUGAUCUCUUUGGCGGUGGCGAGGAUGUACCAAGGCGACACCAAUGUCAAGAUUCACAUGUUUCUGAGUAUGAUAUUGGCACAAACCGAAGCUACGGAAGAAGGCUUGCCAUGUGAGCUCAUGAUUGCGAAAGGGGCAAGGGAUAGUCUUCAGUUAUGUCAUGAUCUGCUGCAGACACAAGUCGGCGCUGAGCCCAGGCCGUAUUACGACGACGCGGGCGUCAUGUCCUCAACUUUGGAUGCGGUGACCGAAAACUCGCUUUGGGACCUUGACAUGGAAUUCUUUCUGCCUGAUCUGGGGCUUUCGUAG